AUGGCCCCGAUUCCAAUAACAAUCGUAACGGGCUUCCUCGGCUCCGGCAAAACCACCCUCCUCCUAAACCUGAUCCCCCAACUCCCCCCAUCCUACAAGCUCGCCCUCCUCAAAAAUGAAUUCGGCGACGUAGCCGUCGACUCCCAGCUCGCCUCCACCAAAUCGAUCUCUGGCGUGCGGGAGCUACUCAAUGGUUGCAUCUGCUGCAACCUCGUCGGCCAGCUCAGUGAUGCGCUCGCCCAGCUGCGCACCGAGGUGCAGCCGGACCGCAUCGUGAUCGAGACGAGCGGGUCGGCGUUCCCGGCUACGCUGGCGAUGGAGGUGAAUCGGCUUGCGCGCGAGGAGGGCGCGUAUGUGCUUGAUGGGGUGGUGAGUGUGAUUGAUGUGGAAAACUGGGAGGGGUACGAGGAUACAAGUUACACGGCGAAGUUGCAGGCGCGGUAUACGGAUUUGAUUGUGUUUAAUAAGUGGGAAAAGGUGGAUGAGAGGCGGUUUGAUGUAUGUCUUGAUCGGGUGGGCGACUUGGAGGUGGAGACGCCGUGGGUUAAGUCGGAUAAGGGGGUUGUGGACAAGAGUGUGUUGUUGGGCAUUGAUGGGGCGUUGUUUGCGAAGGAGGGGGGUGAGGGGGAGCAUGAGCAUGAUCACCAGUCCGAGGUGGAGGUUCUGUCCGCUGUUUUGAAGGCGAAGGAGCCCUUGAAGACCAUUGAUGUUCAGGCUUUGGAGACGUUGCUUGGGUCUGCGCCUAGAGAGGAGGUUUAUCGGAUCAAGGGGGUUGUUCGUUGCUCGACGAAAACGCCGCCCGUUGAGACGUCGGACGAUAUGGAAUCAAGAACGGAGGGCGAGGAGUCGGAGUAUCGGUACUACAUUCUCAAUUGGGCGUUUGGGCGAUGGACUUGUACGCCGUCUCCAGCGGUGGCAGAGGCAGUGGAUGAGAACGUCAUUGGGCGUUUGACUUUCAUUCUUGCUCGUUACGAGUCAGCUAAGUGGAAGAAAAAGCUCGAUGCCGGAGGACUGGUGCAGGCAUUUGAUUCCGAGGCAGAGUUGACUGUUGAGCGAUUGAAUUAA